AUGAAAUCUAAGCUGGUGGACUACGAAAGUGACUCGGAAAGCGAGGACGCAGGGUCAGGCCGACGUGAGGACGGGAAGCCGCCAGCCGCGAAGAAAAGAAAGUUGACGCCUUUUGUGGACCCGAGCGAGCCAAAGGACGACCCGUCUCUCCACCAAGGUCGCAAGCGGACCGUGCCAUUUGUCGAGGGCCAAUUCUGCGCGUAUGUCUACGUCCCGAUCUUCAUCCCUGUUAAGUCAGGCCUCGCAAAAGUCUUGAAGGCAGCGAUCAAGGACGCGAAGACUGCGGUGCCGAUACUGCAUCCCAUUGACCGUCUGAGCAGUGAGAGCGAUGCAGCCUCGUCUGGAGGCGACGAACUCGAGCUGCAUGUUUCGCUCACGCGCCCUAUCUACUUGCGUGCGCAUCAGAGAGAGGAGCUCAAGUGCGCGGUGAAGAGUCUCGCACACUCGCACAGGAAAUUUCACGCUUCCUUUGCAAAAUUCGACGAACUCCAGAACGACGAAGCGACCCGGACGUUCGUAGUUGCAGAAGUUGGUGCGGGAUGGGAUAACUUGAAGGCCCUCACCUCAGUGCUCAGUCCAGCAAUCAGUGCUCUGCGUCAAAGUACCUUCUACGAUCAACCACGAUACCAUAUUUCGAUCGCGUGGGCGCUCCUCGAUGGCGCGAAAACUUCCUCCAUAAUCACCACCCAUGAGCCUGUCCCCGCUAAACCUGAUCCAUGUCAAUCGCCCACCUCUUCGCCCAGAGCACGUCCCCCGAAGUCGAAUGGCACCAACCACGGAGCCAUACCAAAGGGCGACGCGCAUACGGAUGAACACUAUCCUCCUCCAGAAUCCGAGGCUGGGGAAACUCAGCAAGAGGCGACGUUUCCGACAAUCCCGCAUUUACCGCCCUCCUUGAUUCCGGCCUUGAACGAAGCCUAUGCGUCGCGACUUGCGAAAGUUGCCCAGGUGGACGUGGAAAAGAUUUGCGUUCGGAUUGGCAAGCAGUUGUCCAGCUGGAGUUUGCAGCCGUGA